GUCAGGAUCUGCAGGGAGAACGCAGCAUCAUGGACUGUGUGACCGGCAGAGGGCAGCCCGCGUGCACUCCCCGUCUGCCGCGCGCUUCCUCUUGUUAGUACCUCAGAGUAACGGACCAGAACCGAACUCGCCAGAACCCGACAGAACCGCGUAAGCUCAUGUAAGCCUGUAGUUCAGGUCAGUUCCGACCCGCUUACGUAUCAAAACCAAUCAACAAAAAAAGUUUGAUGGGGGAGGGGGGUGACGCAGAUCAAAGGUUCCGAGCAAACCAGAAACUCAGGAAGGGUGGAGCCCCGCCGAACCGAGCCGCCCCUUCUCUUGUGUCGCCGCUGAUCCUUCCCAGCUGCUGAGUGAACGGACUCUAACGGCACACCAACUCUGCGCGCGCUCACCUGGCGGCCACCACUGUCCGCGCGCGUGACCCUGCGCUGAGGAGGAGGAGCCGCGGCGGCAGGAGUCGUCGGCAGUGCUCCUCACAUUCGGAGGCUCUCCGGCCAACAUGGAGCGGACGGGAAGUUUACUGCUGCGCGCCAGCCUCUGUCUUCUCGCGCUGGGACUCACGGGCACGCGAGCCCACACCUUUAAAGCCUGUCUAUCUGGCCAGUCCCCUGACUGUGUGCUGCUGCAGUCCAAAGAAGACGACUUUGACUGGGAAAAGGGAGACUCUGGGGACCGGACCACGAGCAGCUCCUGGAUUCCUGCAGGUUCCUCCUUCCUGUUUGUGAACACGUCAACCCGCUAUAGUGGGCAGCGUGCUCAGCUCCUGCUGCCACCCCUUAAAGAGAAUGAUACGCACUGUCUCAGCUUCUUGUUCUACCAAGCUGGGGGUCGCGAAGGUGUUGCACCUGCAACAUUAAACGUCUAUGUCAAAGAGAACAACAAUGCUUUGGGAAUUCCAGUUUUUAACUCGUCUGGUCCUGCCUACCACAUCUGGAAGGAGGUGGAGCUUGCUGUAUCCAUUUUUUGGCCCAAUCAGUAUCAGCUGGUGCUUGAGGCCGUCAGCACAGGACAAAAAGGAGUGUUGGCCAUCAAGGACAUCACACUGCAGGGACAUCAGUGCAUGAGCACUCCGCACUUCCUUCAUAUCAAAGGAGUGGAAGUGAAUGCUGGUCAGACAGCCUUGUUCCAAUGUACAGUCAAUGGACGACCACAGAGCAAUCUGCGGCUGUACCUGCAGGGAAUGGGGAGCCGUCAAGCUGUUGUCAAGGAAACCAAACCAGUGAACUCUCGCCGUUAUGUGGCUGCCUUUGACGUGGAAAACACAACAAAGGGCGAUUCUGGACACUACCGCUGCAUCGCCCAAUCAGAGCGAGGCGUAGGUGUGUCUUCUUACGCUGAGCUCACAGUCAAACAGCCCCCGGUGCCGAUCGCCCCGCCGCAGCUCACAGCUGUUGGUGCCACGUACCUGUGGAUCCAGCUCAAUGCAAACUCCAUCAAUGGAGACGGGCCCAUCGUUGAGAGAGAGGUGGAGUACCGGACAAUGGCAGGUACGCUGAUUGACACCACACCUGUGGAUAAGCCCACCCACAAGAUUGGACACCUUGACCCUGACACUGAGUAUGAGAUCAGUGUCCUGCUCACCAGACCCCUGGAAGGUGGUACAGGAAACCCUGGACCUGUGCUCAGAGCCAGGACAAAGUGUGCAGAUCCUUUGCAUGGCCCGCGUCAGCUGGAGGUAGUUGACAUUCAGUCCAAACAGGUGACUGUUCGCUGGGAGGCGUUUGGAUACAACGUGACUCGCUGUCACAGGUACAACCUGACCGUACAGUACCACUACAGGCCUCCAGGGGGCCCCAGCAGGGAGCCACUGAAGGAGGAGGCUCGAGUGGAGGUGGUGUAUGACACUUUGAGCAGUGUGCACACCAUACGAAACCUUCUGCCAUUCACUAACAUCAGCCUGAGACUUGUUCUGAACAACCCUGAGGGCCACAAGGAGAGUCCAGAGCUUCUUGUGCUGACUGACGAAGAUGUUCCCGGAGCCGUUCCUGUGGAAUCCAUCCAGGGCCGGAGCUAUGAGGAGCAGAUCAGUCUGAGCUGGAGGGAACCUCUGCAGACCUACGGCCUCAUCCGCCAGUACGAGAUUAACUACAAAGCUCUGAGUUCCUUCGACACCGAUUUUGACUUGUCCAAUCAAAGCAGCAAGAUCUUCAAGCCGGCCAAUGAGACAACUCACCUGUUUGGCGGGCUCUACCCAGGCUCCACCUAUUCCUUCACAAUAAGAGCAGCCACUGUGAAAGGCUUUGGCCCUCCAGUCAUUACACAGUUCACCACCAAGAUUUCAGCUCCGGUAAUGCCAGCUUACGAACUGGAUUCUCCUCAAAACCAGACGGAGACCACUGUCACAUUUCUCCUGAAACCCGCCAAGAGCCGUGGUGCUCCCAUCAGUAAGUACCAAGUGGUGGUUGAGGAGGAGCGCCCCCGCAGGCAGAGGAGGGGCACUGCAGAGAUCCUGCGCUGUUACCCAGUUCCUAUUCACUUCCAGAAUGCCACACUGCUCAACUCCCAGUACUACUUCAGUGCGGAGCUGCUGAUGAGUGAACUGCAGGCACCCCGGCCCUUCUGUGUUGGUGACAACAAGACUUACAAUGGUUACUGGAACGCUCCACUUCUGCCUCACAAGAGUUAUGGGAUCUACUAUCAGGCUGUGAGCACGGCUAAUGGGGAGACAAAGAUUGACUGUGUGCGUGUGGCCACCAAAGGUAAGCAGAGUUUGGCUGUUUCCUCUAGUUUUCACACAUGA